UCAAAAAUGUCAAUAACUCUUCAGUCAUCACCAUGUACUCUUGCUGUUUUUAGAUUAAUAAGUAGAAUAAUAACCGUGCGUGUCUUUGUUAUAAAGUAUAUGGCUAUUUGGUGUUAAACCGACGGGACUUAAGUGUUCUUGAUGGUUUCCGGUGACGAUUUCAAUGGUGGUCGUUUACCGCGAAAAACUACUAGGUCGCCGAACCGAAAAUCUAAGAAGACUGAUGCAGACAUAGCGAAGGGAUCAGCGUUGCGAAAUGACUCGCAACCUUCUGUUCAUAAAAGGAAUCUUUAUGUGGUUUCGUUCCCUAUCAUUAUCCUAUUUAAUUUACUAAGGUCCAUUUUGUAUCAGUUAUUUAUUAUUUUCAAAUAUUUGUACUCGGCGUCGCAUCGUUUCAUUCAUAGGCCUCGUAAAAACGGUGAAUGUAAUUUAGAAGUGGUUGUAAAAGACGGUAUAGUGUCGACUGAGAUCGCGCACAGUGAAGAGAUGUCGUAUAUAAACAAUGUGGGGCCAGGAGACCCCCUUCUGGCGAAACAAAAACAUCAUCAUAGGAAAGCUUUCGAGUAUAUAUCGAAAGCACUUAAAAUUGAUGAAGAGAAUGAAGGACAAAAAGAAUUAGCUAUAGAGCUGUACAAGAAGGGUAUAUAUGAGCUCGAGAGAGGCAUAGCAGUGGACUGCUGGGGGGGUCGAGGAGAUGCUUGGCAGCGAGCACAGCGCCUCCAUGAUAAAAUGAAAACCAAUCUAGGGAUGGCGAAGGACCGAUUACAUUUCCUAGCCAACCUAGUCGCUCUCAGUAAGUUGGGCGUAGAGAGUGAGCCCGACCGGAAUGACAAAAAACCUACGGAGUCACCUCUUAAGGGGCGAAGGCAAUUAGAGAAGUCCAAGACAACGCUACUAGCACAUACAGAAAGUAACAGUGGUCAAACGAAGCCACCAAACGAAGUCGCAGGCCGCAAGCUCACUACCGCCGGCCGGCGCUUGCCCAGCGGCGGUGGACCGCUGAUGAAGUCUCAAACACUUCCUCGGUCUAUGGGACGAUCCUCGUCGCAGCCGAACAGCUCCAAUGGAGGCUAUAGCAGAUACCCUGUGAAGCCGGCUUCAACACCACCGGCUGUGAAGCGACAGUUAUCCAGCGCAUACCAGGUGCCAGUAAACGGUUCGCCAGUGAGACGAGCCGUAGGGGGAGGCUCUCAGCGCGGGACACCCACUCGGAGCAGAACCCCACAGCCAACGUUGGCGGUACGAGGUGUAGACCCGAAGUUAGUCCAACUAAUACUGGACGAGAUAGUUGAAGGUGGCCCGAAGGUUCAUUGGGAGGACAUCGCUGGUCAAGAGGCAGCAAAACAGGCCCUGCAAGAAAUGGUAGUGUUGCCAUCUCUGAGGCCCGAACUCUUCACGGGACUUAGAUCACCGGCUAAAGGGUUGCUACUAUUCGGACCUCCUGGAAAUGGUAAAACGUUGCUAGCCCGAUGUGUGGCGGCGGAGUGUUCCGCGACAUUCUUCUCGAUAUCGGCGGCGACCCUCACCAGCAAGUACGUGGGUGACGGGGAGAAGAUGGUUCGUGCACUGUUCCAAGUAGCCAGGGAACUACAGCCGGCGAUAAUCUUCGUGGACGAGGUGGACUCGCUGCUGUGCGAGCGCUCGUCGGGCGAGCACGAGGCGUCUCGUCGCCUGAAGACGGAAUUCCUGGUGGAGUUCGACGGGCUGCCGGCCGCCGGCGCCGACCGGCUCAUCGUGAUGGCGGCCACCAACCGGCCGCAGGAGCUCGACGAGGCCGCGCUCAGGCGGUUCCCCAAGCGCGUGUACGUGUCGCUGCCGGACGCGCGCACGCGCGGCGCGCUGCUGCGCGGGGUGCUGGCGCGCGGCGCCGCCGCGUCCGAGCUCAGCGACGACGAGCUGGCGCGCCUCGCCGCGCUCACCGACGGCUACUCCGGCAGCGACCUCACCGCGCUGUGCCGCGACGCCGCGCUCGGGCCCAUCAGAGAACUGGACCCAGAGGAGGUGAAGUGUCUAGACCUGUCUCUGGUUAGGAGUAUAACGUUCCAAGACUUCAUGGAUGCACUAAAAAGGAUCCGGCCGUCCGUGUCGCCGCUCAGUAUCGUCGCCUAUGAGAAGUGGUCCGUGCAAUAUGGCGAGCAAGGAGUUUGAACUUUAUGUACAGGUACUGGAUUACAAUAAUACGAGGUGAGUCAAUACUUUUAAGGCAAUAUUGUUAUUGCAAUGGACAUGCGCCGGAACGAUUGAAUUUUUAAUUGUAAUGAAUUUAUUCCAGAAUUUUAUAUAUCGCUCAAAUUUUAAGAAUCUCCAAACUUUUCCCUCGUAAAAUUCCAAUGAACUAACCGAAUAAUUUAUUUUAAAUUUAUCAAUAUAAUUUGUUUUGUUGUAAAGUAAUGUAGGAAUGAAAAUAAUUUUAACUCCUCUAGUCAAACAACCAGGUUUUGACUGUAGUUGCCAAGCGUAUGGCCAUAUUAAGUCAUAGAAAAAAAAUGAAAAAAUUGAUCUCUAAGUCCUGCCUUAUUCAUGGCAAAUGUAAUCCGGAUCAAUGAAGAAGUAGCUUUCAAUGUUUCUAGAUGUAAAGAAGUCGCUUUCAAUAUCUACACUUCUUUAUUGAGUCGUGUUACAUUAUAAUGUAAACCCGUCCAGUCAAAAGGAAACCAUUCAAAAAUAAACCGUAUGUCAAAUAAAAUGCGACAUUUAUUUAGAUCUCGCUUAUCCUUUUGGCACUAUCGGACUGAUUUUAUUCAAACAGCAGGCUAUUUAUGUGCACGCAAUUUUAAACCCUCUGGUGUAUGCUUUUAGAAUAUAAAAUUGUAGAAUUUCAUUUUAAAUUUAUAUUGUUUUUGCAAGAAUCUGUGAAACACUUAGCCUUACAUAGGCAUAAUAUGUGUGAAAACGGUAAAGGUGUGUUUACAUUAGUCGUAUGUCGCUAAUUAAACUGGGACUGUUUUUUGUAAACUUGAAUAAA